AUAAGUUAAAUCUUCCCCCCGUUGCCCCACACAUUUUGAUAAUAAACAUUCGCGUCUUCGUCUCGUUCUUGUCCUUGUCAAUUGUCAAGCUCUCAUAGGAUUUCGAGGUGAUUGGUCUUGUUUGAUCCUCUUGUUGUUUCAAAUUUCCUCGCACUCUGCUUUCACGGAAAAAAUAACAAUCUCAAGUAAGUUUGUGGAAGAGGGUCCGAAAUACUGUGCUUGAGGGGAGCACAGGGUCGAGAGUGAUGCUUGGAAAUGAGUUGAGAAAAGCACGCAGUUGAAGCUGCUGCUCAGAAAGAACCUGGGAAAAGCACACGAUCAAUACUGAAGGAAAGCACACGGUUGAUACUAACGCAUAAAUAGGAUUUCACGCAUCACAAUGGCGAAGCCUGACGACAAGCACCCUUCCGCCACGCCUGACUUCGAAAUGGCCUUUUCCAGUGACGAAAAGCACCCUAUGUACGUCUGGACCGGGGCUGAUGAAAAGGCUCUUCUCGCUACUGAGGCCGAGCUCCUCAACCUUUCCUCGAACACUCCUCUUCCUUCUGAAGCCCCCAACAAGUCCAAGCUUGAAACCGACAAAGCUUUAUCCUCUGAGGCGAACGAACCUCCUGGAAUAGCGGCCCUCGCAUUGUCUAUUCUGGAGAUCUACCUGGCGAUUAUGGUUACCAUCAUUAUGCACCUUGCGGGUCUCAUGUUCCUUGCGGCUCUUCAUUUCUGCAGGUUCGGGACUUGGGAGAAGGGCCCAGACGGCAAGAUGACCAUCGACGCUUCUUCCAAGGCUAAAUUGUUGGCUCUGAAUGUUAUCUCCGGAAGCUUUAUAGUCUCUCUGAUGAUUUUGAGCACUGGAAUGUUCAUUCUUAUUAAAUAUGUCGAAUCCUCCAAACGCGUAGAUUUUGCCAUGGACUACGUCGGUGGAGUUUUCGCUGCGGUGGCUAUUUACAAUCUGGCUGUCUCCGCGGCACAGUACGUCAUAUAUGGCGCUUACGAAUGCAAGCUGCAAAUUGUUAAUGAUGGCCUCUGUGUCUUCAUUGCAAUCAUGGGCUGCAUCCGCCUCCAUAAGCGUUUCUUUCGGGACCCCAAGCCGACUGGGUCGGCCACUGAUGGUGCCGCCGAAACCGCCGUCUAGCAGUCAUCGC